AUUAAACGCUUUCGGUUACCUAUUUCUGUUAAAAAGUGUUAACUUUUUUUAUUUCAAACUUAGAACUAAAAAAUGGCAGCAUUCAUGUGAGCAAAUGUAAAUAAACAAAGAAUGUGUUUGACGUGAGAUGUCACCGGUUCUCAUAAUUAUCAUUGAAAAAAAAAUAACUAUAGGCUUUGAAUCUUAUCUAAUGAUAAUCACAUUGAAAAUUCAACUUUUUGUAAUUAUUUUUUCAAGAUGCAUUAUAAUAUUUAGCUGGCGCUUACAUUGUUCAAUUAUGCUAAAAUGAAACUAUUUUGAAUCAAAAAAUUUGUUCUAAUAUUUAUUUUAGAGUAAUAACUGUGAUGAAAUUGAAAUAUGCAUUUUAUUUACAUAAUUUUCUGCCUCUUGCGCCUCAUUCUAACUUUAUUUCCGGAGUUUGGUUACAUCCACCCUGAUGAAUUUUUUCAAGGUGAUUUACUUCAAAUAAAAACUCUAAAAACCUGGGAAUAUACAUCAUCAAAGCCUGUUCGAAGUGUUAUAUUCCCCUUCCUCACCACUGGUUUCACUUGCUUAAUUGCUGAUUCGACAGGAAUAUUUUCCUCAGUAUUUGGACAAUACUUACACUCGUAUUUAUUGCUUGUAUUACCUAGAUUAUUUAUGCUUUGUUUGUCUUUCAUAACUGAUCUUCUAAUUUUCAGAAUUUGUAAAUUAGAACAACAAAAUCCAAGUGACUGUUUAAUAAUGUAUGCAUCAUCCUAUGUAACUUUAACGUAUUUAAUAAGACCUCUAUCUAACAGUUUAGAAAUGUUAUUUUUUAGCGUUUUAUCAUUUAUUAUUUUUAAGAAUUUAAAAUAUUUUUCACUUAAUGCUUCAGUGAUUAAAAAUGCAAACAAUUGUUUCAAAACAUAUUUUAUUACAGGUCUGAUACUUGGAUUUGGAACAUUUAACAGACCAACAUUUUUAGCUUAUUCUUUUUUUCCAAUUAUAUGUUUAUUUUUUAGCAAUAAAAAAGUGUCAUUUCAUGAAUUUAGUUGCAAUUCAAUUUCUUUUCUUUUCGGUGCUCUGUCAUCCUCAAUAUGUAUUUGUUUCCUUGACACAUCAUACUAUAAUAAGUGGCACUACUCCAAAGUAAAUUUUGAAUACUUUAAAAUAAGUAAUAUUAUAAUCACGCCUUUGAAUUUUAUAUUGUAUAAUGUAAAUACUGAGAACUUGAGUUCUCAUGGAUUACACCCUUUUUAUCUACAUUUACUUGUAAAUAUUCCAUUACUUUUUUCAGUCUGUGGUUUACAUUUGAUGUUUAUUAUACUUCAGUAUUUAAAGAAACUGUUAAAAAAUCCAUGCAUUGCAUUAAAUAUUAAUAAGUAUUUUAUCUUUUAUUCCUUAUUAUUUCCUCUUUGUAUACUUAGUUUUGUACCACAUCAAGAGCCCCGGUUUAUCAUACCAUUAUUGUUUCCUUUAAUAAUAUUAAGUCAGCGAAUACUUAGAAAUAAAACAUGCAGAAUAUUAUGGUUUAUUUUAAAUUCCUUGUGCUUGGUAUUUUAUGGAUUUUUCCAUCAAGGUGGGGUUUACUUAUCAUCUUCAUAUUUACAUGGCGUUCUACAAAAUUCAAACAAUACUGCUGUAGUAUUCUACAAAACAUAUAUGCCUCCAAGAUUUCUGCUAGGCAUUAAAAAAGAUGACAUUUCAAUUUAUGAUUUUGCUGGUAUGAAUGAGCAAAAGUUCUUGACAUCACUUCAUAAUCUAGAACAAAGAAACUUAGGUAACAUAUUUGUUGUAAUUCCCUUUAGAGUAUUAAAAGUGCUUGUCAAUUCCACAAAUAUAUUUAAAAAUUAUGUGAUGAUUGAAAGAAAAUCGAAUUUUCCUCAUUUGAGUACCGAAAUGCUCCCAAAUUCAAGUGAAUUUAAAUUUCUUUUUGAUAGCAAUAAAUCACUUUUUCUCAAAAUUUUUGAACUUAAAGAAAUUUUCAGUUUGCAUAUUCUGAAUUAUAAAAAAAUAAAGCACAUUGAAUCAAAUAUUAGUUAAAGUUAUAAAAUAAUAGGGGUAUACAAUAGGCUUCUGACUAUCCGCUUUAACGUAACAGAAGUGUAGGCCGAUUAGAGCAAAGUUUCGCAUCCUACCCUCCUUUUUAUAUAAUAAAAAAUAUAUGUUUCACAUUUUAAGAUAAACAUAAGAAAGAAUGAUUGAUGAAAAAUUAUUCAAUGUUAAAUUAAUAAACUAUCCAAAUGUGAAAAGUUGGAUUAGGAAGAGUCAAAAUAUAUUGAUGACCAACUAUUCCUCAUUUUUAUUCACCUCCCACAGCAAGAUUUACAAAUGACCAGUUCUAUUAUUCCUCAUUUUUUACUAGACUGAAUGAGCAGAAAAUUGGAAGCGUAUUUUAUUUUUUGCAUAAUGAUUCCAGGGAUUUGUGCAAAAUAUUGAAAAAGAUAUCUCAGUGUAUGAUUUUGUUGUAAAAUAAGUUUUUGAUUUCGCAUCCUAUUCCUAUUCUAAAGCAAGUGGACCUAGUAAACAAAAAUUGUAUAAUUCCUUUUAGAUUAUUAGAAUUUCUUGAGGGUUAUAUGUACCAAUAUAGGACAAAUUAGGAAAUUUUGCUACUGGACAGCUGUGGCAAUUUUAAUAGUGGCCUUUUUUUAUGCUUCCUCAGUAAUUGAAGAUUUUUAUUGAUUAAAAAAAUGUUGAUAUUAAUAUCAUAAAGCAUUUCUAAAAAUAUGGUAAACAUUACAAGGUCCAUUUCUAAUGAAUUGUAAUUGAAGUAAUGAGCGUAAAAUUAAGUAAUUUGCUGAAUAUUAUAAAAAUUCCAUUUUUUUCAAUGGAAAAAGUGGCUACUGGAAAACAAUUUUUUAAUCACCAUUUGUUAUAUUUAAUAGCCCUGUGGCCAGUAGUAACCCUUAAUUUUGCCCUAAAUCUACAGCGUGUUUAAAUGUUAUACAAUGAAUUAGAAGUAAUGUUGAUUUACCUCAAAAUGCAAAGGAAUUAAACAAUUAUUUGAAACUUCAGAUGUUCUGAUCAGUACAAAACAAUUAUUAAGUAAAAUAGAAAAUCUGAUGUGUUUUUAAAUUAUACAAAGUUUAUUUUCUUUUAUUAUGUUUCUUAGUUGGAAUUUUAACAAAAUAUGACUGUGAUAUUAAUUAUGUCUUGUUUCAUGUGUAUGGAAAUGAAUAUUAAUAAAUUAUAAGAUAUUCAGCAA